GUGGACCAAUCCUCGUCAUGGAGGGGACGGGCCUGGCUGAGCUGGCUUCCCUCCCAUCCAGAUUUCGGUCUGGGAAUUUCAAUUUGCGAUUCGGGAGUUUGCCUCGGAGUAUCUUCCCUGGGACCGCGUACGGAAAACAGUUCGUAACUUCUCAUCUUUCUUGCGCCAGUGUGACCGGUGACCAUGACGACAGAGGUCGUUUCCGAGGCUGAGGUGAAGAAGGAGCCGGAGAAGGCGGACGAGCAGCCGGCGGCACCGCAGCAGGACGCCGAGCAGGAGUCUGAGCAGCCGGCCGCCGUCCAAGACGGGGACACGCCGCGGACGGCCUCGCCGCAGACGGACAGGAAGUCUAAGGAGGCCAGGGGCCUCUCCCGCUUCCUGCCCCCGUGGCUGAAGAGACAGAAGUCACAGAGUCGCACUGAGCCCAGCGAGGACCACGAGGAUAAGGCCCCGACGGAGGAGCAGCAGGAGGCCCCCCCACCGGAGGAGGCGUCCCCCCAGGAGGCCGAGAGGGACGAGAGUCAUUCCAUAGGCAGCGCUGACACUCAGCUCGCAAAAGAGGAGAAAGGGGAGGAGUUUCCAGAAAGGAUCGGCGACGGGAAGGAGGAGGAGGACCUGCUAGAGAGCAAGGCCGGGGAGAAGGAGGACGAGCCGCUGAAAGCGGAGACUGAGGCGGAGAAGUCCUCCCUGAAGCCUGCCAAGAAGAUGAAGACUGUGACGUGUCAGGUGACCCUGCUGGAUGGCUCACUGCUGCCCUGCGAGGUGGAGAAACGGGCAAAGGGCAUCGUCCUCUUCGUCAAAGUGUGUGAACAUCUCAACCUCCUGGAGAAGGAUUACUUUGGACUGUGCUACAAAGACCACGCAGACCAGAAGUGCUGGCUGGACCCUGCAAAGGAGAUCAAACGUCAGAUUCGAAACUGUCCAUGGCAGUUUGCCUUCAGCGUCAAAUUCUACCCCCCCGAUCCCUCCCAACUCACCGAGGAUAUAACCAGGUAUCUCCUUUGCCUUCAGCUCCGCCAGGACAUCGCCUCCGGCCGGCUGCCCUGCUCCUUCGUCACCCACUCGCUGCUUGGCUCCUACACCCUGCAGGCUGAGAUGGGGGACCACGACCCCGACGCAUGCUGCCUCGACUACAUCAGCGAGUUCCAGUUUGCCCCGUCGCAGUCUAAGGAGAUGGAGGAGAAGGUGGUGGAGCUGUACAAAACUCACAGGGGAAUGAGUCCGGCCCAGGCGGACGCUCAGUUCCUGGAGAACGCCAAGAAGCUGUCGAUGUAUGGGGUGGACCUUCACCAUGCCAAGGACUCCGAGGGCGUUGACAUCAUGCUGGGGGUGUGUGCCAACGGGCUGCUGAUCUACAAAGACAGGCUCCGGAUAAAUCGCUUUGCCUGGCCGAAGAUCCUGAAGAUCUCCUACAAACGGAGCAACUUCUACAUCAAGAUCAGACCUGGAGAGGCGGAGCAGUUUGAGAGCAGCGUGGGAUUUAAGCUGCCCAACCAUCGCGCGGCUAAGAGGCUGUGGAAGGUUUGCGUGGAGCAUCACACCUUCUUCAGGCUGGUGACUCCGGAGCAGCCCCCCAAGGCCAGGUUUCUCACCCUGGGCUCCAAGUUCCGCUACAGCGGCCGCACGCAGGCCCAGACGCGGCAGGCCAGCACGCUCAUCGACAGGCCCGCCCCCCACUUUGAGCGGUGCUCCAGCAAGAGGCUGUCCCGCAGCCUGGACGGAGUCCCUGGGCUUGGCAUGGAUGACCAGGCUGGCGCCACCAGCCUGGGCCGGACCCCCGGCGAGAAGAACGGCCGCGAUCCUGCUCUGGAGCUCUCCUCGGACUCCAAGAGCAAGUUGAGAGUACAGGGGGAAAAUAUAUAUGUCAGACAUAGCAAUUUAAUGUUGGAGGACCUGGAUAAGACCCAGGAAGAUGUUUUGAAACACCAGGCUAGCAUUAGCGAGUUAAAGCGCAAUUUUAUGGAGUCCACCCCCGAGCCCCAGCCCAGUCAGUGGGACAAACGCCUUACCGCCAGUCCCGCCACCAGCCUACGUCUGCGGGCCCAAGCGGCCUUUGAAGAGGAGGUCCCCAGCAGCUCUGUUUUAUCGAGCACGCCUGAAUCGCAGACGCCCCAGGGGUCGGUGGAGGAAGAUGAAGAGGAUGAAGAGGAGCCCAAGCUGAACGGGGACGCGUCUCGCGCAGAGACGGAGGGCUUCCCGCAGGUUAUUUGUUGUUCCAAGCCCCCAGUGGUAAAGACAGAAAUGGUGACCAUCUCUGACACCUUCGCUGCCCAGAAGACGGAGAUCUCUACCUUGGAGGUGCCCAUCGUGCACACGGAGACCAAAACCAUCACGUACGAGGCUGCGCAGGUGGACGGCGCCGGGGACAGUGAGCCCGGCAUGCUCAUGACUGCACAGACCAUCACCUCGGAGUCCCUAUGCACCACCACCACCACGCACAUCACCAAGAUGCUGAAAGGUGGGGUUUCGGAAACGAGAAUUGAAAAGCGCAUCGUCAUUUCGGGAGACUCUGAUAUCGACCACGAUCAGGCGUUGGCCCGGGCUAUAAAGGAAGCCAAAGAACAGCACCCUGACAUGUCAGUGACCCGGGUGGUGGUGCACAAAGAGACUGAGGUGAUGGAGGAGGGCAAGGACUGAGCGGCCAGAGGAGACCGUGGAGCCAAUGAGAAUUCAUGUUAUUUUCCAAGAGGAAAUCCCCCAAUCAUCUGUCCAGAAACACCACGGUUACACCUCCAGACAAAGAUGGCUCCCAAGGACCAACCCCAGUCUCCAUGCUUUGCACAACUUCCAUUUUUUAUCAUUCAUAAGAAAACCACUUAGCUAACGUGUAGCUUGUUUUAAUUACUUAGUGCUUCUGCAGAAAAAUAUCUUUAUUAAAAUCUUUUAGGGUUUCAUAAACUGGUCAUUUUUUUCCUAUUUUUUAUUUUUUUUCCUAGUGUUCAGUAGCUGUCACAUUCCUAGUAUGUACAUAACGGUUAUUUUUUUUUUGUUUAUCAUUUUUUUGAGAAACUACGACCUUUAAAACAGAAAAAUAUUUAAUGUCAUCGUUCCGGAUUCAUGAAGUUGACGUAGUGUGGCGAAGAGGGCAGCCUUGGUUCCGAAUCAGUCUUUGCGUCAUUUAAUCCCGAACCGCGCGAAGGCAGAGGAUGGACCACCAGCACAUGUGACUGCGGCACGUGCCCCUGCGUGGAACCGGCGGCGGGGCAGAUGGACGGAUCGGCGCGGCACGUGCUGCUACUCUAAAUGCCAACUCGAUCUCCAAACUAUGCAGUCGGUCCAUUUCAAACAUUCCACGACUGGGAGGAGCCUCUUAUCUACCUCCCUCCAAGAGCAAAACCGACGAAACAAGGAGGACAAACUAAAGUGAUAAAAACGGAAAUUCUAGGCAGCUUGGAAACUCGCUUUUCUGUAACUUUCUGGCAACAUUAAUCAGAUUUAUAUUUGUAGAUCUUUUUGCUAUCUUUUAAAACUUUGUCUUAAACUGUAAACCAAUUUAGACCUUUUAAUAUAUAUCUUUUUGGAUUUUUUUUGACUAAAGUAUACAAAACCAAUGGCCCUUUAAAUCCCUGUUUUUCUAUAGGUGUACCUGAGAGAGACCCUCCUUUAGCGUUGCGCUACCUGUGAUCUGGCUACCUUCCCCAGACCUGGUCACGUCCGCUUGCGCUCGGACCCGGGUGCACAGCCGCUCUUUAGGCUUUUUAGCAGCUUGAGAAGUGCGUCCUGUCUUUCUGCCCGCACCCGUUCGGUGUUCCCCUGUUUAAAAUAAAGGUUUGUUUAUUCUCUA